GGUGACAGACCAGCACAAGAAAGAAUGGGACUCCUGGAGAAUGCAGGUUUGCCAGAGAGUCGUCACUGGGCAAGUCAGCCUGAUAGUCAUCAGUCUGCCCUACGAUCAGCGAUAUUGAAAGUGAUACCUUUAGCCCCUAGCGACUGUCUGGAAUGUAAGCUCGUGGGAAGCAGUGUGAUGAUGUUGAGUGGGCUGUUGGUGCUGACUUCAGCAGUUUCAGCCAGAAAGAGGAACCCAAAGCUAGCUGGAUUGAAUGGCACAGUUUACUUACUCCUGUGUGGCAGUUUAUUUGCAGGGUUGCAGGCUGCUGCAUUCUCUCGCCUGUUUGAUGUGGGGCCAUUUGACAAGCAUGCUGGGAUAUCUGUGACCACAGGAAAGAAGCCAUGA